AUUUUCCUGCUAAAAAUAAAUUAAAGAAAUAAACCCAAAGUGCUUCUUAUCAGCCAGCGAUAGCCCUUCGAAUAAGUUAACUUUUCACAACAUGCAAUCGAUUUUUAUAUUAUGUAGAAUCGUAAAAAAUCGAUUUGAUAUAAAAAUUUAAUUGAACGGGAUUUAGUGAGCAAAUGAUAAAUAAGAGUUGAAAAUAAUUGUACUCAACCAAUAUUACAUCUUAGUGUGCAUCUUAAACAAUAAGAAAAAUAUUCAACUUAUUUCAAUACAUUUAAUCAAAUAUGGCCACCGAUGUGAGAACUACGACUGUAGGCGCUGCAACAACAACAACAGCAACAACAGCUAAUACAGCCACCAAUGCUAACACAAAUUCAAUGAUUAAUACAAAAACAGUUAUGGAAGCACAAACGACACAUUCGAGUCAAGCAAAAACGCUAAAUGCCGAAAGUAGUAGCUCGUCCGGCGGUAACUCAAACAAUGCUGCUGGCAACGGAAGUAGCGCUACCGGUGGAGUAUCAACACAAAAUGAUAAAUCGGAAAAGCCCAUCGCACAUAUUGAUUUUAAUAUCCAUGGUGAUAGUAUCGCUCUACUUGCCGGUGAUGAUUCGGACUAUACGCCACCACCAUCACCGCUGUCCGCUAAAGGCUAUGGUCACCCGAUAGAACCGCAAAAGCCGCGCUGGUUAUCCUCUUUACACAGCGUGAUCUUCAUUAUAACCUGUGCUCUAGCGGUCUUCAUUGUUUUUCGUAACGUUCUAACUUGGCAUUUGCAGAGCUUCUGGGGAGCAUCGGGCGAUUUCUGGCAAGCACAAUGGGAUAAAUUUAUCGAUAAAACAGGUGAUGAUCCCAUGGUACUUUGGGUGUUUGGCAGCACCAUAUUCUCGAUGAUAGUCUAUUGGUUUGUUGGCGGCAUUUACACUUUUAUGGAUUUGACUAACCGACCAGCAUUUCUGCGUAAAUACAAAAUUCAGCCCGGCACUAAUGAGCCGGUCGAAACAGAACGUUUGAUAAAAGUUAUAUGGCGCGUUAUUACCAAUCAAGUAUUUGUUGGACUCCCAUUCGCUUUUCUCAGCUAUAAGCUAAUGACAUUGCGUGGACUCAGCUCGAUACGUGAAUUGCCUACAUUCCAUUGGGUUUGCGUUGAGCUAACGGUGUGCAUUCUCAUGGAGGAGCUUGGCUUUUACUACUCACACCGUUUAUUACAUAACAAACAUAUUUACAAAUUCAUACAUAAGCAACAUCACGAAUGGACCGCACCCAUCGCCGUCACUGCGAUCUAUUGUCAUCCUGUAGAGCAUAUUUUCAGCAAUUUAUUGCCGCCGUUUUUGGGCGUUUUCCUAAUGAACACACAUGUAGCUACCGCUUGGAUGUGGUUCGCUCUGGCCAUUUUGUCGACACUUAAUGCACAUUCCGGUUAUCAUUUGCCCUUCUUUCCCAGUCCAGAGGCACAUGAUUUUCAUCAUUUGAAAUUUAACAAUUGCUUUGGUGUACUUGGUGUUUUGGAUCGUCUUCAUGGCACUGAUAUUCUAUUCAGAGCCACCAAGUCCUACACGCGUCACAUUAUGAUGUUGAGUUUUGUGCCGCCACGCGAGGCCUUUCCGGAUUCAUCAACCAAAUAGAAUAUAAGUUUUUGAUUAAAUCAAAUAUUAUACAUUUUAAAUUAUUAUAUAUCCAAUUCACAAUACAUAUACAGAAGUACAUAUGUACGUGUAUGUACUCGAUUAUGCUUAUUUGGUAAUAAUUUAUAGAUUUACAUAAGUUGCAGUUUUUAAAUGUAUGUGAUAUAUGUAUGUACAUAUAAAUGUAGUUAAAUUAAGUACUAAGAGAAUUAUAAAUAAUCAGAGUCUGAUGGGUA